UCACACUGCAGACUGCCUGCGCUCCUGAUGGCUGUGGCUGCCCUAACUCUCAUUCUCUUCAGUGCUUUAAUAUGCUGUUCGGUGACAGAAAAGCUACACAAUGGAUCACCUCCAAAUAUUAUCAUAAUGCUGAUGGAUGACAUGGGCUGGGGGGACUUGGGGGUGUUUGGCCACCCCGCCAAAGAAACCCCGAAUCUGGAUGCCAUGGCAGCUCAGGGCAUGCUUCUCACAAACUUCUACACUGCCAACCCCCUCUGCUCCCCGUCCAGAGCUGCUCUUCUGACCGGGAGACUGCCUGUAAGAAAUGGCUUCUACACUACAAAUGGUCAUGCCAGAAAUGCAUACACGCCGCAGGAGAUAGUGGGAGGAAUCUCCAAGGAUGAGAUUUUGUUGCCGGCGAUGCUGAAGAAAAACGGCUACGUCAGCAAGAUAGUGGGAAAAUGGCACCUUGGCCACAGACCGGCGUACCUUCCUUUGGAGAAUGGUUUUGAUGAAUGGUUUGGUGCACCAAACUGCCACUUUGGCCCUUACAACAGCAGCAUCACACCCAACAUCCCUGUCUACAACAACUCGGAGAUGCUUGGCAGAUACUACGAAGAGUUUCCAAUCAACGUGAAGACCGGCGAGUCAAACCUCACUCAGAUUUUCUUGAAGGAAGGACUUGAAUUCAUCCAUCGGCAGACAAAAGCCCAGCAGCCUUUCUUUCUCUACUGGGCGCCUGACGCCACUCACACCCCUCUUUAUGCCUCCAGAAGCUUCCUGGGGAAGAGCCAGCGAGGCCGUUAUGGCGAUGCGGUAAUGGAGCUGGACUACAGCGUGGGUCAGAUCUUGUCGUCGCUGCAGAGUCUGGGCAUCGAAAAAAACACCUUUGUCUUCUUCACCUCGGACAACGGAGCAGCUUUGACGUCGAGGACAAAUGGUGGCAGCAACGGGCCGUUCCUCUGUGGGAAGGAGACCACCUUUGAGGGGGGCAUGAGGGAGCCCGCCAUUGCCUGGUGGCCUGGAAACAUCAAAGAAGGCACGGUGAGUCAGCAGCUGGCCAACGUCAUGGACCUGUUCAGCACGUGCCUGUCCCUGGCCGGCAUCAGCGCUCCCGAUGACCGGGUCCUGGACGGACUUGACCUGACUCCAGUUCUCCUCAAUCUCUCUCACUCGCUGGAAAACAGGCCAAUAUUUUAUUACCGCGGGAAUGAGAUGAUGGCAGUGAGAGUCGGACAGUUCAAGGCCCACUACUGGACAUGGACCAACUCAAUGGAGGAGUUUAAACAGGGUGUAAACUUCUGUGCUGGUCAGGAUGUGCCAGGUGUGACCACCCACAAUCAGACUGAAUACACACUGCAGCCCAUCAUUUUCCACCUGGGACGGGACCCUGGAGAGAAGUUCCCUCUCAGCGUUUUGACGAAGGAGUACCUGGAUGCGCUGAGAAGCGUUUCUGCAGUAGUGGAGUAUCACGAAAAGACUCUGGUGCCCGGCGUACCGCAGCUCAACAUGUGUGACCAGGCAGUGAUGAACUGGGCUCCUGCUGGCUGUGAGAAGCUGGGGAAAUGUCUGGACGCACCCAAGUCUAAACCGUGGAAGUGUAGCUGGCCACACUGACACCAGAAGAUGAAGAAACCUCAAAACGUGCCUUAUUCUACAGAUCUUUCUAUUCUGUGAAAUAUACAGUAUAUAUUUUUUCUAUUGGACAAGAUCAAGAUAUUCUUUAAUGCAACUGUUUUGAUUGCUGGACGUUGUAAUAAGUCAUGACAGUUUCAGCUUGAGAUCAUAAAAGAAUGCGUUCAUGAGAAAGGGAUGUUGCCAAAAUAAUUUGAACAAAUUUGUAUUGUUAGAUUCAUUCAGUAUUUUUUUUUUUACUGAUAAAAGUUUAUUUUAAUAAAACGUAUUUAAAAAAAACA